GCGUAUGCCGCUUUGCAAAACAAGUCCCGCCAGUGUCUACCCAGUAAACAGGAAGUGCACGUGUAUUGCUCGAAAUUGAAUUAUUUCAGGACGAAUAAAAAGAAUGAGGCCGUUGACAGACGCGGAAACUAAAACCUUCUUUGAAAAAUUAUCAAAAUAUAUUGGAGAAAACAUCAAAUUACUUCUUGAUAGACCAGAUGGAUCCUACUGUUUUAGGCUACAUAAAGAUAGAGUUUUCUAUGUGAAUGAGGAGUUGAUGAAGAGAGCUGGAAACAUAGGAAGACCAAACCUCAUCAGUUUUGGUACAUGCUUUGGCAAAUUCACAAAAUCUGGCAAAUUCAGGCUACAUGUUACAGCCCUGGAUUAUUUGGCACCAUAUGCUAAGUAUAAAAUAUGGUUGAAAGCAAGUGCUGAGCAACAGUUUCUAUAUGGUCAUCAUGUGAUGAAAUCAGGUCUUGGCAGAAUAACAGAGAAUACACCACAAUACCAGGGUGUUGUUGUCUACAACAUGAGUGAUGUUCCAUUGGGUUUUGGUGUAGCAGCAAAAUCAACACAAGAAUGCCGGCACACAGAUCCUAUGACAAUAGUUGCUUUUCACCAAGCAGAUAUUGGAGAAUAUAUUAGAAAUGAACAAGAACUGACUUGAUAAUUUUUCUGGUAUUGUGAAAAGAUAUACAUUAGUUAUACCCCACAAACAAGCCAGUUUGGGGGCUAUAUAGGAGUGAGCUUUUGUUCCGUCGGUUUUCAUGGUUUCCGGACAAUAACUCAUGAAAGGCUUGACAGAUUUUUAACCAGGUUUUCAUAGAAAACCAGUUAUUAGAAUAGGGUAUUUGUCGUCGGACGGGCGGGCGUCAAACUUGGUUUCCGCACAAUAACUUUAGUUUGGAACAAGCUAUAGACACCAAACUUGGCCUGUAGAUAGAUGGUAAGGAGACGGAAGUUUGGAUUGCAUUUGGGUCAAGGUCAAGGUUGCUGUUGCUAAAAAUAGAAAAAUUGGUUUCCGCACAAUAACUUUAGUUUGCAUUGAUGUAUUGAAAUUAAACUUGGCCUAUAGGUAGCUUAUAGAAAAACCAAGGUUGGGAUUAUAUAUGGGGUCAUUGGGAUCAAGUUCAAGGUCAGGAUAACUUAUUUAAUCUUCACACUUAGAAAAUUUCACGGUUGUGCAGUGGUCUAGAGUGUUGGGCCAAAAGCUACUUUUUAGUCGUGAAGGGCAUCUGAGAUCCAAAAAAUUUUAUGCCCCCGGCAUCUACUGAUGCUGGAGGCAUAUAGUGAUUGUCCUGUCUGUCUGUUUGUUUGUUCGUUUGUUCGUCCGUCCGUACGAGGUUAACGAAAUGGGACCGUUUCGUCUAGCAUCAAUACCCCUUACUAGAAUGACUUGAUACUAAUGCAGCUGUAACCUGUGACCAUUCCUCAUCUUCAGACAUCACCUGUCCUCAGUUUGACCUUGACCUCAUUUUGGACUUAGGUUGCUUUAUAUGGGCCAUCUCUUGGUUAACCAAAUGGGACCGUUUCAUCUAGCAUCAAUACCCCUUACUAGAAUGACUUGAUACUAAUGCAGAUGUAACCUGUGACCAUUCCUCAUCUUCAGACAUCACCUGAACUCAGUUUGACCUUGACCUUGACCUCAUUUUGGACUUAGGUUGCUUUAUAUGGGCCAUCUCUUGGUCAACCAAAUGGGACUGUUACGUCUAGCAUCAAUACCCCUUACUAGAAUGACUUGAUACUAAUGCAUAUGUAAGCUGUGACCAUUCCUCAUCUUCAAACCUCACCUGACCUUAGUUUGACCUUGAACUUGACCUCGUUUUGGGCUUGGGUUGCUUUGAAUCGACAAGGAUGCCACCGGGGGCAUCAAGGGUUUAUUGAACGCAGCUUCUUGUUUUUUCUAUUUAGCUCACCUGUCACAUAGUGACAAGGUGAGCUUUUGUGAUCACCCUUCGUCCGUCGUCAGUCCGUGCGUCCGUCCGUCCGUCAACAAUUUCUUGUCUGCACGAUAGUGGUUUUAUUUAUGAUUUUAUUUUAACCAAACUUGCACACAACUUGUAUCGCCAUAAGAUCUUGAUUCCUUUCUUCAACUGGCCAGAUUCCAUUAUGGGUUCCAGAGUUAUGGCCCCUGAAAGGGCCAAAAUUAGCUAUUUUGACCUUUUCUGCACAAUAGCAGCUUUAUUUAUGAUUUGAUUUUUACCAAACUUGCACACAACUUGUAUCACCAUAAGAUCUUGAUUCCAUUCUUGAAAUGGCCAGAUUCCAAUAUGGGUUCCAGAGUUAUGGCCCCUGAAAGGGCCAGAAUUAGCUAUUUUGACCUUGUCUGCACAAUAGCAGCUUCAUUUAUGAUUUUAUUUUAACCAAACUUGCACACAACUUGUAUCACCAUAAGAUCUUGGUUCCUUUCUUGAACUGGCCAGAUCCCCUUAUGGGUUCCAGAGUAAUGGCCCCUGAAAGGGCCAAAAUUAGCUAUUUUGAUCCUUUCUGCACAAUAGCAGCUUUAUUUUGAUUUGAUUUUUACCAAACUAGCACACAACUUGUAUUACCAUAAGAUCUUGAUUCCUUUAUUGAACUGGCCAGCUUCCUCUAUUGGUUCCAGAGUUAUGGCCCCUGAAAGGGCCAGAAUUAGCUAUUUUGACCUUGUCUGCACAAUAGCAGCUUCAUUUAUGAUUUUAUUUUAACCAAACUUGCACACAACUUGUAUCACCAUAAGAUCUUAGUGCCUUUGUUGAACUGGCCAGAUUCCAUUAUGGGUACCAGAGUUAUGGCCCCUGAAAGUGCCAGAAUUAGCUAUUUUGACCUUGUUUGCACAUUAGCAGUUUCAUUUAUGAUUUGAUUUUAACCAAACUUGCACACAACUUGUAUCACCAUAAGAUCUUGGUUCCUUUCUUGAACUGGCCAGGUUCCAUUAUGGGUUCCAGAGUUAUGGCCCCUGAAAGGGCCAAAAGUAGCUAUUUUGACCUUGUCUGCACCAAAGCAGCUUCAUUUUUGAUUGGAUUUUAACCAAACUUGCACACAACUUGUAUCACCACAAGAUCUUAGUUCCUUUCUUGAACUGGCCAGAUUCCAUCAUUGGUUCCAGAGUUAUGGCCCAUUAAAGGUCCAAAAUUUGCAUUUUUGGCUUUUGCAGCCAUAUAGAGACUUCAUUUAUGGUUUGAUUUGAUACAAACUUCCAGAAUAUCUUCAACAACAAUAAAUCUAGGAUGCCAUGACGAAUCUGUCAGAUCCAAUCGUAGGUUCCAGAGUUAUUUUAGCCAGAGCUAAAAAUAGAAAAACUUCUUCUCAUGGACUGCUUGAUGAAUCUUCAUUAAACUUGGUCUGUAGCAUUAUUAUAAAGUCCUGUCACAAGUUUGUUCAAAUGGGGCACUUUGCCUCCUUUAGGGGCCGCUAGAGCCAAAUAAGAAAUACCUUUAAACGACUUUUUCUCAUGAACCGCUAGAAGGAUCUUCAUCAAAGUUGGUUUGUGGCAUUAUUAUAAGGACCUCUCCCAAUUUUGUUCAAAUGGGGGCACUUUGCCCCUUUUAUGGGCCACUAGAACUAGAAAAAGAAAUGGUUUUUAGCUCACCUGUCACAAAGUGACAAGGUGAGCUUUUGUGAUCGCGCGGUGUCCGUCGUCCGUCCGUGCCUCCGUGCGUGCGUCCGUAAACUUUUGCUUGUGACCACUCUAGAGGUCACAUUUUUCAUGGGAUCUUUAUGAAAGUUGGUCAGAAUGUUCACCUUAAUGAUAUCUAGGUCAAGUUCGAAACUGGGUCACGUGCCAUCAAAAACUAGGUCAGUAGGUCUAAAAAUAGAAAAACCUUGUGACCUCUCUAGAGGCCAUAAUUUUCAAUGGAUCUUCAUGAAAAUUGGUCAGAACGUUCACCUUGAUGAUAUCUAGGUCAAGUUUGAAACUGGGUCACGUGCCUUCAAAAACUAGGUCAGUAGGUCUAAAAAUAGAAAAACCUUGUGACCUCUCUAGAGGCCAUAUAUUUCACAAGAUCUUCAUGAAAAUUGGUCAGAACGUUCACCUUGAUGAUAUCUAGGUCAAGUUCGAAACUGGGUGACGUGCCAUCAAAAACUAGGUCAGUAGGUCUAAAAAUAGAAAAACCUUGUGACCUCUCUAGAGGCCAUAAUUUUCAAUGGAUCUUCAUGAAAAUUGGUCAGAAUGUUCACCUUGAUGAUAUCUAGGUCAAGUUUGAAAGUGGAUCACGUGCCUUCAAAAACUAGGUCAGUAGGUCAAAAAAGUGAAAAACCUUGUGACCUCUCUAGAGGCCAUAUAUUUCACAAGAUCUUCAUGAAAAUUGGUCAGAAUGUUCACCUUGAUGAUAUCUAGGUCAAGUUCGAAACUGGGUCACGUGCCAUCAAAAACUAGGUCAGGAGGUCAAAUAAUAGAAAAACCUUGUGACCUCUCUAAAGGCCAUAUUUUUAAUGGGAUCUGUAUGAAAGUUGGUCUGAAUGUUCAUCUUGAUGAUAUCUAGGUCAAGUUCGAAACUGGGUCACGUGCGGUCAAAAACUAGGUCAGUAGGUCUAAAAAUAGAAAAACCUUGUGACCUCUCUAGAGGCCAUAUAUUUCACAAGAUCUUCAUGAUAAUUGGUCAGAAUGUUCACCUUGAUGAUAUCUAAGUCAAGUUUGAAAGUGGGUCACGUGCCAUCAAAAACUAGGUCAGUAGGUCAAAUAAUAUAAAAACCUUGUGACCUCUCUAGAGGCCAUAUUUUCCAUGGGAUCUGUAUGAAAGUUGGUCUGAAUGUUCAUCUUGAUGAUAUCUAGGUCAAGUUCGAAAGUGGGUCACGUGCCUUCUAAAACUAGGUCAGUAGGUCAAAUAAUAGAAAAACCUUGUGACCUCUCUAAAGGCCAUAUUUUUCAAUGGAUCUUCAUAAAAGUUGGUCUGAAUGUUCAUCUUGAUGAUAUCUAGGUCAGGUUCGAAACAGGGUCAUGUGCGGUCAAAAACUAGGUCAGUAGGUCUAAAAAUAGAAAAACCUUGUGACCUGUCUAGAGGCCAUACUUGUGAAUGGAUCUCCAUAAAAAUUGGUCAGAAUGUUCAUCUUGAUGAUAUCUAGGUCAAGUUCGAAAGUGGGUCACAUGCCAUCAAAAAGUAGGUCAGUAGGUCAAAUAAUGAAAAAACGUUGUGACCUCUCUAGAGGCCAUAUUUUUCAUGGGAUCUGUAUGAAAGUUGGUCUGAAUGUUUAUCUUGAUGAUAUCUAGGUCAAGUUUGAAACUGGGUCAGCUGCGAUCAAAAACUAGGUCAGUAGGUCUUGAAAUAGAAAAACCUUGUGACCUCUCUAGAGGCCAUACCCUUGAAUGGAUCUUCAUGAAAAUUGGUCAGAAUGUUCACCUUGAUGAUAUCUAGGUCAAAUUUGAAACUGGGUCACGUGCCUUAAAAAACUAGGUCAAUAGGUCAAAUUAUAAAAAAACCUUGUGACCUCUCUAGAAACCAUAUUUUUCAAUGGAUCUUCAUGAAAAUUGGUCAUAAUUUUUAUCUUGAUAAUAUCUAGGUCAAGUUCAAAACUGGGUCACAUGAGCUCAAAAACUAGGUCACUAUGUCAAAUAAUAGAAAAAACGAUGUCAUACUCAAAACUGGAUCAUGUGGGAAGAGGUGAGCGAUUCAGGACCAUCAUGGUCCUCUUGUUUAAAUUGGCAAUUCCUGGCCCCUUUUAGGGCCUGCUAGAGCUAAAACUAGAAAUGCCUUUAAACAACUUCUUCUAAUGAAUGUCUAGAUGGAUUUUCAUCGGACUUGGUUUGUAGGAUCAUUAGUCCUCUCUCAUAUUUGUUCAAAUAGGGGCAGUUGGCUCCUUUUAGGGGUUGCUAGGACUAAAAGUAAAAAUACAUUUUAAUGACUACUUAUCUUGAUCUUCAUCACACCUGUUCUGUAGCAUCAAUAUAAGGUUUUCUCAUAAAUUUGUUCAGUUUGGGGUGUUUGGCCCCUUCAGGGUCAGAUGGUCAAGGUCCUCUUCAGGUGAGCGACUUAGAGCUUCUUGUUUGACAUAGUUAUGGCCUCUUUUAAAAUUUGCCAAACUCGUGGUUUCUGGACAGCUUGACAGAUUUAAAUAAUUUUUGGUACACAGAACCUGGUGUAACAUCAUAAAAAAAAGGUAAAGGUCAAUUUUCGCUACAAACCACCAAUUUUUUUAAGUAGUUUUGGCCCCUUUCCAACUUAAAAUUUGCCAAACUCAUGGUUUCCAGACAAUAACCCAUGAAAGGCUUGACAGAUUUAAAUAAAUUUUGGUACACAGGUAUAACAUCAUAAAAUAUAGGUCAAGUUCAACUUUGCCUACAAACCACCAUUUUUGUCGAGCCCGCUUGCGGAACGCGAAGAUAUAGUCAUCCAAAUUGCUGUUCAGUUUAUGUGCGUGCAUCCGUGCGUGUGUCCGUCCGUCGUGAUUUGUUUGUCUGGGCCAUUUCUUUGACAUGCAUGGAGCAAUCUUGUUUAUAUUUGGCAUGAAUGUAGACCUCAGUGAGACGGAGUGUCAUGCGCAAACCCCAGAUCCCUAUCUCAAAGGUCAAGGUUACACUUAGAGGUCAAAAGUCAAAUUCAAUAAUGACUUUGUCCGGAGCAUUUCUUCUCAUGUGCAUGUGUGUCAUGUGCAAGAACCAGGUCCCUAGGUCUAAGGUCAAGAUCACACCUAGUGGAAUGAAAACUUUGUCCGGAGCAUUUCUUCUUCAUGCAUGGAGGGAUUUUGAUGAAACUUAGCACAAUUGUUCACCAUCAUGAGACGGAGUGUCAUGCGAGAGAACCUAGAAUUACUUCCCUUUGUUGUUAGUUGUUACUAUAAAUAGCUUAUAUUGUUGCUUUUUUAUUACUGGUAGUAGGGAAAAAUCAAGACCACUUGCAUGUUACAUCAAAUUUUGAGGUGUAUUUUGACCUAUCUCUACUGGUAAGGAUAUUUGUGUGGACUUUUUUUUAAAGAUUUACUUCCCUUUGUUGUUACUAUAAAUAACUUAUAUUAGAACUUUUUGCCAUUUUUUUAUUUGGUAUAAAUGUUUGGCUCAAAGAGACAGUGUCGUGUGCAAUUCCCAGUUCUUUUGACAGCUGGCGGGCUCGACAUGUUGCCCAUGGGCAUCUAGUUUGACAUAGUUAUGGCUCCUUUCCAACUUAAUAUUUGCCAAACUCAUGGUAUUCUAUUUUUUCUAUACAUAAAUUGGUAUUUAUUUUUGUCUAAAAACAUACAAAAAGUCAUUUUAUGUUUGAAAUAAGUCUAUUAAAUUUAACAACAAUCGAUAAUUUCCAACCUUAGAUAUUUUGUAUGCAAUUAAAAUGAAACAUAAUUAACUGUAUAAUAACUGAAAUCAUUGUCGAAUUAUAACACGAGGCUUCUUCACAAACACUUGUUUCAGUUUUUCUACCUUCAAGUUAAACAACCUAAAUUGCACCUUUAUGUGGCCAUUUCUUUCUUAUGGUUGCCAUACUUCUGUGACAAGGUCGUGUUGUGGGGGUGUUAUUCGUCACUCCUGUGACAGUUCUAGUUGAAACUUGUGUUACUCAGUUUGGUGCUUUUCGCUGUUGACAGGAACUUAUCAUUGACUAAAUGUUUUGGGAUACUGAGUGCACAAGUAUGUUUUGGUUAAAGGAGAUGCUGAAGUAUUACCAGAAGUGAACAUGUUUAACAAUUUAGCCCAAUAUUUUACAGCAAGUUUGAUACAUAAAUGUUAAAGCCCU